AUGCGGCUUGGGUUCCAAGUGGCAACAACUGCUGGGCACUACAACGCACGGUAGGUGAUUGCCUGCCGCUGAGAAGAGAAAACCCUGAUGCUCGAUCCAUUGUCCCGGCCAUAUUUGUGCGGUGUGAUGCCCAUCCCAUCUUCCGACGGAUCAGCCCUAGCCAACCGAAUGUGAUUGUCCACAACUGCCCAGCGUCGACGCCUCAGAUUGCAUGUGAUUGUUGGCAGGAUCUGAAGCAAGUCUGAGCAAGCCCUCACCUUGCUCUCAGAUUGAUUGAUGCCUUCUUGCUCCGACCUCCACUCCGUCUCUCCGCCCUUUUCUCUGCCAGCCCCUCCUCCUUCCCUCUCACCUUUCCUCUACCUCUUCCUCCACCACCCACUCCUCUUCUCCCCAAACAACACCUCUUCUCCCUCUACAUUCUUUUGUUUCUCUCAUCCCACCCCCAAGAGAUGCCUGAGCUAGGAGCAGGGCACAAAUCUCCCAAGACUCCCCGACGCGUGAAGACACCUAGUGCCGACCCGUCAAGUCGACACGUGCAUUUCCAAACAACAACAGCUGGCGAAACGGCCCAGGCUGCAGCCAAACUCAACAACCUCCAAGCCAACAUCACCGACAACAAGGCACCAGCUCCUGCAACAGAAGCCGCUGCCACUCCUACUCAGCCAACCAGCUUUCCUGCCUUGGUGCCUCCUUCCAGUCUCGGUCCAGGCCAGUGGUUCACUUCGACCAACGCAAGCCAGAGCGUCAGUUUCCCUCAGCAACAACAAGCGCAGACCGCGACUGUUCAGGUAGCCCUCACCCCAAUCUCACUUCCAACUUGACUCAACAUGCUCACAUUCACCUACAGCCAGUAACUUACAUCUAUCCUCCAACUCAGCAGAGCUAUCUCGUGCAGCAAAAAACCACCGCCAUGGCCGCCGACUAUCAGAACACCUGCCCUCCUCCCAUGGGACUCAACUUCCAGCCGCCCGUCCCCGACACCAGCAUGGGGCCCAUGAACCAUCUCUACGUUCCACGCUUUGACGGGGGCGUUGUUCCCGUUGGCAAUGUUGCUGUCCGUUACCCUUCUUCUUCGUUUAUCAAUUGUGCCCCUGUCAACACCACUAUGAUCGCCAAUGUCCCAAUGCCACAACAGUAUGCGAUGAACCGCCCAUAUUAUUAUUAUGUCAGUCGACCAGUUGUCGCGUGUCCGAUGGCUUUGUUCCGUCGACUUCCCUGGAUGAGUCCUUGCGCAUGACAGUAUCUCGCUUGCACUCUGACCCUUUCCAUACACUUUCCCUUCCCUACACUUUGACCCUUUCCAUAGCCUGCCUUUUCCCUAUAGUCUGAUAUCCUCGAUGCCUCUAUCACCUUUCUCUUUCCUACAAUCUGAUACCCUUGAUACCUCCAUACCUCUCUUCCUCACAAUCUGACACUCUCGAUACCCCUUAUUCUUUACCUUAUCUGAAACAACUUCUGAAAUAAUCGUUUGCUAACUCAUCAUGUUAUAUUUAGUCUCAGGGAGUCAAUGGCGUGCCCGUUCAGCAGCCUACCUAUGUCGUCCAGCCCCAGGCUGGCUAUGUUCAGCAGCCGGUCAUGCUCAAUGGCCAGCCUAUGAUGACUGCCGGACCUCAGGUUCAGCAGGCUUUCAUCCCAGCGGGCCAAGCUGUCAUCGGAGGCCAGCCUCCGAUCAUUGCAGGUAACCCUGUCCCUGCCCCUGAAUUUCCUGGGCUGGGUCGGACUCAAGGAGAGGAGAUCUUGCGGCAAAACCAGUUUGCGCACCAAAACAGGCUUUUUGAGCCGCAGGACUUCAAGCCUGCUGAUGAUGACCCAUCCCGUUUUUACUAUGUCCGGGAGCUUGAUGGUAACUGGACCCAGCGCAACCGGUUUUCUAUCGAUCAUAUGGGUGAUUGCCGCUGGUAUGUCACAGACGAAGGGUGGUUCUAUGCCGUGCGCCUCCCCAACUAG